UCCUUGUAGGAUCCAGAAGUUUUUGCAGUCCUCUGUAGGGAGAGCAAAGGUGACGACAACGCCAGGACGACACCACACUGUUGUCAACGCGCCGGCUCUAAUCGAUGACCACGGCUUCACCAAAUCACUUCAGAUAAAGAGACUGCAGAGGAGCACUUCUACUUGCCAAUGUUUCGUGGGCAGGAUCAUUGCGUUUUGCCGACACUACAGCAAAGCCAAACGCCAACUCUUUAAUGGGACCCCGGAUGCCAUUUCUAUCCAUUCUUGCCAGAAUCUUACGAUAUACAGCCAUGCCACAAUGGUUAUAAUUCAGCUCCUGUUGUUGCUGAGUUUCUUGGACCAAAGCAAGCAGGAUUAUCUGUCUCCGAGGCUUGCUAGGACUUCAGGGGCGCCUUGUGCCAUUGGCCAGGCGUGUGACCCAAGGCAGCGGAGAGAUGCUGGGGGACGCGGUGGAGUCUACGAGCACCUCGGAGGAGCACCAAGAUGCAGAAAACUUUACUGUGCAACUAAAUAUCAUUUGCAAAUACAUCCAAGCGGGAAAAUAGACGGUUCUCUUGAGGAAAACAACCAAUUAAGCAUCAUGGAGAUCACAGCAGUUGAUGUUGGAGUGGUAGCGAUAAAGGGGAUAUUUUCCGGGAGAUAUCUGGCCAUGAAUGAUAAAGGACGUCUAUACGCCUCGGAUGUGUUCAACCAGGAGUGUGAGUUCCUGGAGCGGAUUCAUGAGCUGGGCUACAACACCUAUGCUUCUAGACACCACUCCACCCUGCAGCCCCCUGCAGGGGGUGGCAGUGGCAAACGACGAGCCAGUGCCAAGAGGCAGUGGUAUGUGUCCAUCAAUGGGAAAGGCCGGCCAAGGAGGGGUUUUAAGACGCGGAGCACUGACAAAGCCUCCCUUUUCCUGCCUCGAGUGCUAGGCAAUAAGGACCAUGAGAUGGUGCGAAAGCUCCGUGACAGCCAAAGGCACCCAGCUGGACAGCAGAGUCCCCCCCCUAUGGGCCGGGCUGAGCACCGGAGACGGAGACACCGGGCCAGGGGAAGAAAGGGUAGAACCAAGAGGCCUGGUGACUGACUGACUGACACUAGCCACUGUCUGAGAGCAGUAGGCCCUAUUUCUCCGCUAAGGAACACCAGUUCACGGCACAUGAAACUGACCAGAAACGAACUUACUGAAAUAUCUGCCUUAGAUACUUGGAUCAGUCAGUGGCAGCAAACUAUACUUUGUUGUACAAGCUCCAGCCAAAAUCCUUGCUUGGGAUACAUGCAACUCAAACCAUCCCCCACAACUAUUGCAAUACCAACACAAGAUUUGCCUGGGAAUUCGAGUUAGGCACAUAUAUCUGAAGUUAGAGCUACCAAUACACAAGUAUGAAAGGAUGAUACGUUUUGUCUUUGUUUUGUACAUACACGUGUGAAUGCAACUAAGGUCAAGACAGCUGGAUAUCUUCCAACUGUUGUAUUACCUGGAAAAAGACACGUUGUUUUUGUGUUCUUGUGGAACUUUUUAAAGAUCAUAAAUAAUGUAUGUUUAUAGGUGUACAGUUAUUUUUAAUAUCAGUUUCAUUUAUCAGCAGCUUUAAUUUUGGAAAAUGAGUGAGAGUAAGAACUGGACAUCAUUCAAGUUAUUCAACUUAGUACAGAUGCUAAGGAGGUCUUAUGCGCCAUCAUUCAAGUGCUUACAUAUACCAAGGAGGUGGUAUGCUCCAUCAUUCAAGUGCUUACAUAUACCAAGGAGGUGGUAGGCUCCAUCAUUCAAGUUCUUACAGAUACCAAGGAGGUGGUAUGCUCCAUCAUUCAAGUUCUUACAGAUACCAAAGGAGGUGGUAUGCUCCAUCAUUCAAGUUCUUACAGAUACCAAGGAGGUGGUAUGCUCCAGAGAAAUAGAAAUACAGCAAAGCACUUUUUCAUACUAACAUAAAAAGAAAACAAGUAAAACAUGGGAACACAUUUAUUUUGAAAUGUACUGAUGUGAUAGUCUGUCUGUAAACUGCGAGAAGUACUUUGUAUAUUACUAAUGAUAUGAAUAUUUAUUUGGUACCUGUGUUUUUUAAGUUAUUGAUGAGAUUGUUUCUACAUUUACCAAUGUUAUUAUUUUUUACUUUGUUGUAACCAACCAGGCGUGCCCCUCACUCAAACGAGAGAUAUUGUCAAAACAAAAUGGUCAAUCUGGCUUGUCAAACAUAACAAAAAAUUGUAAAUUGGUGUAACUAGCUAGUACAACUGAACAGACAAAWUACAUCAAAUUUACUUACCGAAUCCUCUAUGUCAAUUUUUGGGGCAUGAGACCACACUCAGCAGACUGUCUUUUCCUGCCCAUGACCAUGUUUUGCACUUCACCCCAGGUUGGGUUCAUCUCUGUCAGUUCUGACCUAGCUUUGGCCUUCCAUGUCACUCAUAGAUUGCCGUUCUGUUCAGAGCAUGGGGGAAUACAGCUUUGUUCCACUCCAUGUUAACACAAAUGUAACACAAAUAUGUAAUUGUCAUGAUUUUUCUCACCACCAAUCAAUUAUUUCAUGGUGAAUGUUGAGUCAUGAGGCUAUAGUGAACACUGUAACAUGUAAACAAUAAACUAUUAAGUAUUUGGA